UUCUUGUUUUGUUUUUGUUGAUUACAGAAAAUUACGGAAAAUGACAAGAAAAAUUUAUGAAUUAUAGAAUAACUUAAUAAUUUAACCAACAAAUAGAAAGAAACAAAAUAUAUUAACUCUAAAAUGUCCAAGGUACCCAAAGCAGCUCUUAGUUUAAAGCAGUUUAUGCUGCGCCAGGAGGUCCUGAAGCUUUACCGGGACAUCUUCCGCACCAUUCGCCAGGUUCCGGACAAAAACAGCCAGCUCGAGCUGCGUUCCUGGGCGCGUCACGACUUUCACACGAAUCGCCACCAGAGCGACGAGGUGGCCAUCAAAAUGCUCCUCCAACAUGGCAGACGAAGCCUCACGGAACUAAAGACCAGCCUCCAGUUAAGCGGGGUGAGCGAGGGCAAAUAGGAACAUUCUUAAAACCAACCUCUGCUUAAUUUGAUUUUAUAUUUUUGAGCUCGACAACCGUACGAAAAUAAAUACGAGUUAAGACUAA